GUAAUUAUUUAUUUGUUUGACAUGAAUGUUAACUUUAGUAGAUGUACAUCACGUAGGUUUAACUUUCCGUCUACCAUUGCAUGGGAGGUGUCCGAAGAAUUUAACGAUGAAUGAAGAAACACAAAGGUUCAUCGCGUUUUCUUACAACGAAUUUUUGAUUAAUAAGAUUCGUCCUUGUUUCUAAUGUUUGAAGAGGUGCAGAUAUGUCUUGGGCGGCGAAUGCAUAUCCCUAUUGUCCAAAAUCGGUAUAUUGACUUAAUUCCCCUUCUGGAUGAUAACCGUCACCAUCGCCAUCGUUCUUCUGCUUAACAAGUGCGACAGUCUUUGUUUUGUAAUUUUUUAAUUUUAGGCGACCCGAUUUGCUUUCGUGUCAGUAGCAAUUCGCAUGUGGAAAAUCGGUGCGUUAUCAUAGGAUGGCAUGUGCCCGUCGUCCACAAUUUUUUGAAGAAUUUCACGAACGUUAUUCACAAUUAGCCGACGUGAGUGCGGCGCGUCUACAACGUCCUCUUUGUCGUAAACCACCGCGAAUUUUUUUUAUUCCUCUUAUUCAAGAUGAAAUUUUUAAAACACUACGAGUUCCAUUGUGUUUACAAACGUCAAAACUUUUAUUUUUUAUCUUUCUAAGAAGUGUCACCUUGAUUUAGUCAUUAUCGCCAAACUUAUGCGACUCUGCAGACUCCUUUUGAAAAACACUUUUGUCUUCUAGGUAUUAUCUUUGACAAAAUGCUAAUGUACACAUAUAUACAUGUAUAUAUGUAGUAUAUAAGUAUUAUAUUAUAUGGUUUCAAUUAACCGUAUGCCGAUGGCAAAGCUGUUUUCAAAGGUUAUUAAUACAAUUAAAAAAACAAAGCAUCGUAGACGAUAUUUAUCAUCACAAAUAUCGGUUUUGCUAAAUGCUGUUUUACUUUCAAGGGAAUGUAAUGUAGAUAGCAACCAAACUUUUGAAGAUACAUUAAGUGCGCAACACAAUUGCUCCAAGUACGUGCUCGUAGUCCGUACGGAAGAGUUUUUCGCUUAUUUUCUGUUUUCCGAGAUCAGCUUUAAAACGAAGUGCAAUUUAAUUUGAAAGAGUGAUAUUUGAAAGAAAGAUCACGGUAUGUUCGCAUCAUUAUCUAGUACCAGGUCAACAGAUCGUAAGUGUAGAAUGACUUUUACGGCUGUGUUGACAUUUUUAAUUUGGAUAUUAUUCCCUUGCUCUUGCUCUUCAGAUGAUUACGGUGACCACAUGGUAACGGAACCAACAAGUGAUUCAGUGGAUACAGAUAAUUCUCCGGGUUUUUUGAAUGUGGACGAAGGGCUUGUCGAACGCAAUGAUAUGGCGACCAUUUUCAAUGAAGAUUUAUUCGAUCCCUUAGCAAAUGAUUCUUUGAUAAUCGUAGUACAAGUUCAUACGCGUGUUACAUAUCUAAGCUAUUUAAUUGGGAGCCUACCAAAGGCGUUUGCAAUUGAAAGAGUUCUUCUGAUUUUUUCCCAUGAUUAUUACGAUGAAGAUAUCAACGAUUUAGUGAAAAGUAUAAAGUUUUGUAAGGUUAUGCAGAUAUUUUAUCCUUAUCCUGUACACUCGCAUCCGAAAUGUCUACAGGAGGCUGGAGAAAGCCCACAAAAAUGCGACAAUGCGGAGUUUCGUGGGCAUAAUAAUCACAAGAAACGUUUUCAAAUGAAGCAUCACUGGUGGUGGAAAGCUAAUUACGUCUUCGAUCAAUUAAAAGUCACAAAAUUCUUUACGGGCUUCCUUCUGUUUCUGGAAGAUGAUAAUUAUGUGGCCCAAGACUUUGUUUAUAUGUUGACAUUGAUGUAUAAAAGUAUCGCAAGUUUGUGUCCACCAUGCAACGUUUUAGCUUUAGGCCGCCAUAUAGUAAUUCGUGAUUACUACGAAUAUAAUAGUACGAGGUCACCGGAGGUAGAAGUAAUGCCUUGGAGCAGCUCUGCAACUAAUAUGGGUUUUGCUUUUAAUCGAACAACUUGGAAUUCUAUACGACGAUGUGCUGAAUAUUUUUGCUACAAAAAUGAUUACAACUAUGAUAUUUCGCUAGACUCGCUGUCCCAGAAAUGCCCACUCGGACAAUUACUUGUUAUGAUGGUUAAGGAACCACGAGUCUUUCAUCUAGGGCGAUGUGGCGUACAUGAGAAAAGCAAAAAAUGCAAAUCGAACGAAACCUUUGUGGAACUCAAAGCAGCGUUAGGUGUUGCUGUUCGAUCUCGUCACAUGUUUCCUCGCAAACUAAGGCUCACUGGCGUAAAACUAAACGAAAAUGAAUUGAUACACCAAGGUGACGAUGCUUGGAAUCAGAAAAGUGAUACUAAACUUUGCAUGAACAUGACCUCACCGAUCAAAUCAAUUUCGGUAAAAAAACUAAAGUAGAAUCAAUUUACUAUUAUCAUUAUUAAUACUACCAAUAUAAUUAUUAUUGUAUUUAUCCUAAUGAAAUGAACUCUUGGAUUAAAGUAAGCUAAGAAUCUAAGUCACU